AAUCUGGAACGGGGGUGACCAGGAAAGCAGCCACCUACCUCUUCUUAAUUACUUUUUCCGUACUGCUUCAACCAGGAUAUAGUCUUGGUUUCUAAUCAGCAUUUGGCUUUGGCACGCUCAAGGCUUGUCUAUAAAGCUGAUUCUCCGAACUCAAACAAAAGAGUCCGAGCUUCACACGUAGCUCUUUGAGCCCUUGUGCGGAUAAUCUGUAGAUGCUGUUGGAUUUGCUGUGUGAUCUGACAACUCCAACAGAAUGUCAAGACUUGUGAUUGUCACUGCACUCUUUCUUUGUGUAUUUCACAAUGCCCUGGCUGAGAAAUACGCUUUUAGCCAACCAGUGGGCCCCGGGGGAGGUGACUCAUUCUCUCUCAAUGGAGAUGGCGCCAUCACAGCUAUCAGGGUAUGGGAGCAAUACAACAGCGUCAUCACUGGUUUUCAAGUACGCUACGGUCCCACUUGGUCACCUAUAAUUGGGGCUGAAUCGGGAGAUGCCAAGGAGAUGGAGUUGUACAAGGACGAAGGCAUUAUUCAGAUUUCCGGCAAAUUCAACAGCGUCAUUACGUCACUUGUGUUCGUCACCAAGAAGGGCCGAACACUGCAAGCAGGGCAGCCUUCCGGCACAUCCUUCAACAUGUAUGCCCCCAGCAAGGACACCGAGCUGGUCCUCAUCAGCGGCCAAACCAGAGGUCCAAAUCGUAUCACAUACUUUGGGGCACACUGGGGCAUACCUGAAUAUUACAUUUAAUUUGAAUAAAACUUCUCCACAAUCUGCUCUUUAAAACUAAAUUCAAAAAGUCUCGAUUUAAAGCAUUAUCAGUCGACUUGGACAGAAUAAAGGUAUUCCUCUCUAA